UAUCUGUGAUUUGUUAUUAUACAGUGCUGCACUCUAUAUGGUAGUCUAUACGUGGCUAUUCCAUAUUAAUAUAUUUUGUGACAACGAAGAAAAGAUAAAGAAAUGGAGCCCACAGAAAAGGAGCAGUCAGGAAGUGGAAUUUCUUUUGCAACAGCAGGAGUAUUUGCCGUUAUUGGUGCCGCAGUUGGUGCAGUUGGUUACCAUUUGUUAAAGAAGGAACCCAUGGAACAAGCUCACUAUUCUAGGCCUGGUAAAGUGUUUAGUAAUGGAACAUGCCCGAUCUGCUUGUCAGAUAUGGAAGAACUGAUUGUUCUUCCUUGUGGACACCAGUACCAUUGUGCUUGUGUGAGAAAAAUGAAAGCUUCUGGAGUAGAACUGAAGUGUCCCACAUGUCGCAAAGAUUUCAAGCUUUGAAGACAAUGAAGAAGAGAUGCUGAACUGUUCAGAGAUAUUAAUCAUUAGGAGAUUUUAAGGACUGAUUUUUUUGUAUAACCUUGUUAACAUGAAGAGCAUAAUCUGUAUAUUGAAAAUAAAAGAUUUUAGCAUCCUG